AUGAAUAAGUUUAUUUUUAAAAUAUUUAUUUUAAUUAGUUUUAUAAUUUUAAAUAAUUAUUAUUUUUGUUUAGGUUAUACAGUACCACAAUUAUAUGCAAAUUUUAUACCAUACCAAAAUGAAAAAUGUAUAGGUGAUAGUAUUGGGGUUGGAUUAUCAAUUACAAUUGGACCAUGUAUUGGCAAUAUUGGAUCAAUAGUUGGUAGUAAUUUCGAAGUUAAAUCAACAUCAACAUUCUCAUUAUUUGUAAAUGCAUUGAGAGUUGGUAUUUUUCAAUAUGAUAAAGUUGAAAAUGGUGAUAAAUGUUUUGGAAGAGAUUAUUCGGAAUUUUAUACCUAUAAAAAUGGUACAUGUAAUUUAACACCACCAUUCUUAUCAGCUGGAAAUCAUUUAAUUUCAAAUGGUACAACCAUUGCAAACGGAUUACCAUUAAAUAGUCAGUAUUCAAUAUUUAGUAUUACAGACUCUCCAUUCUUUGGCUUACCAUCCGAUUCAAUCAAUACCCAAGUUUACACUCAAUUUAAUAAUGAAAAUCAAAAUAAUUGUUCAAUUUCAAAUCAAUUAUAUUCAAUCUAUUUUACAAAUAAUUUAGAAAUUAAUUUUAAUAAUGAUAAUAAUAAAGAAAAUAAUUAUUCAAUCACUUAUUCUUGUGAUUCAAAUAAUCAACCAACUCAAAAUAUUUGUAAUAGUAAUAAUAAUAAUAGUAAUAAUAAUACUCAAUGUAAUACUGAAGAAGUUCCUUUAGAUUGUUCAAAUUCUCAAUCAAUUUAUUGUAUUUCUUAA